GUUCGGGAUUUGGGGGCGCGCGGCGGACUAUGGCGCUCAACAAGAACCACUCGGAGGGCGGCGGAGUGAUCGUCAACAACAGCGAGAGCGUUCUCAUGACCUCUGACCAUGUGGAGGUGACCUUCAGCGACAUGGAGCACAUGCAAGAUGCCUUCAGAGGGGCCAAGAAAGGCAGCCUCUUCCUCACCCCAUACCGAGUUAUCUUCGUGGCCAAGGGCCGGGACCCCCUGCAGUCAUUCAUGAUGCCGUUCUACCUGAUGAAAGACUGUGAGAUCAAGCAGCCCGUCUUUGGCGCCAAUUACAUCCGAGGGACGGUCCAGGCUGAAGCGGGAGGAGGCUGGGAAGGGUCGGCGACGUACAAGUUCACUUUUGCGGCGGGAGGUGCCAUUGAGUUUGGGCAGCGCAUGCUACAGGUGGCUUCUCAAGCUUCCAGAGGGGAAGCUGCCAGUGGGGCCUACGGGUGCCCUUACCUUCCCAAUGGGGCCUAUGCCGUGUUCCCCCCGCCGCCAGCGGCCAACGGCCUGUACCUCAACCCCCCCGGCUACCCCUACCCACCACCCCCACCCGAGCUGUACGCAGGGCCGCCUCUGGCCGCGGGGUUCAUGCCGCCCCCACCACCUCCCUAUCCCGGGCCGAUGGCACCCCUUGCCAGUGACCAGGGCGGCCCGGACCUCCCCUCCACCCCUGCAGCGGAAGCAAAAGCUGCAGAAGCAGCUGCCAGCGGCUACUACAACCCUGGAAACCCCCACAAUGUCUACAUGCCUUCGGACCAACCUCCACCUCCUCCCUACUACCCGCCAGAGGACAAAAAGACCCAGUAGUUGGGCGGCUGGCACCUUCCAUGGCUGCCCGAGGGCUGCGUCUGGAAAAGGGGGCAUUAAUUUGGGGCCUGGGUGUGGUCUGUAGCGGAGAGGAAGGGCCAGGGCAGGUGGGCAGAGCUGCUGCUCCCGGAACCACCCCUGAAAUCUCCUCAGGAGACAGGGUCUCUCUCAUCCAUGCUGCCCCGCCUUGCCCUGCCACACUGGCCUUCCCCUCAGAUGGGUUCUGGCUUCUCCAGAACCUGAUGUUGGGGGGAGGGUGAAACGUCCCAAAGCCUGGUGGGGGGCCCCCCUUCCUCCUCAGAUCCCCCCACCCCCAGCCCACUCCAGUUAUCUCACUUCUAUGGCCUAGCCCGAGACCUAAUGCGGUCCACAAAGUGUUCUGGUCUGUCCACUCUUGGCCCCUAACCCCGGUGGGGCCCUGGCUCUUGCCUGGAUCACACGCUGUCCUGUUCUCCCCCUCCCCGUGCCUAACACUCAUCUCCGAAAUGGCUCCCACCUGGGUGUAUUCUGAGAUUUACCCCCUGCACCUGGGGCUCUUGCCGGCACCACGACUGCCAGCCCGGCCUCAGGAGAAGAUGCUGCUGCAGCCCCCUCCCCACCCCCUCACCCUCUCCGGCUGUUCCCCCACAAUGGGCUUCCUGGCUGGAGGGCCCUGCUGGGGUUCCCUGGGCGGGUCGGAGCCAGCUAUUUAAGAGAACUCUUUUAUUUAUCCCCCAGAUUCCCAGUUAAUAUAUGAAUGCGAAACGAGCCCCUAACGUGCCGCACUGUUUGCCGAAGCUGUGACUUAGUAAAUAAUGUUGCUGCUACCGA